AUGGGUGACGAUGAGAUUAUGCGAAAAGUUGAAGUGAAACCGGAUGAGUUCAGCGGCCUGAUUGGGAACAUCGCUGGGAAUUUUAUUCGAGACAGAGUAGGCGGGCCAGGUGGAGAUAUCCUUGCUGGACUUGCUGAUAACGUUCUUGGUGGUGGAGGUGGUAGCGGAUACAAUGAUGGAGGCUUUGGCGGUGGUGGAUACAACGACGGAGGAUUUGGCGGUGGUGGACGGGGACAAGGAGGUGGUGGAGGAGGAUUUAAUUUGAAUGACAUUGGAGGUAUCAUAAAUUCUAUCAGCGGCAGCGGUGGUGGAGGUGGUGGCCGCGGUGGCGACAUAGGUAGCAUCAUUGGUGGUAUCGGUAGCCUCAUUGGAGGUGGUGGUGGAGGAGGACAAUACGGCGGUGGUGGUAAGUGGAAGAUAUGUGAAUUAAUCUACCUUGUCUUGCAUUAUUAUGUUAUUAUGGUUGAAGGCGGCAACAUCAAUCCGAACCGUCUGAAUGGAGGGAUGGUGAAUAUUAUCGGAAAUUUAAUUGGCGAAGCAGCGCAUCGUUUCCUUGGAGUUGAUCCGGCUACUGGUCGAAUUAUUGGGGCUGUUGCUGGAAACGUCAUAAUGGGCCUUGGUGGCAAGGACAACUCUUUGGGCAACAUUGGAAAAGUUAUAUUGGACAAUAUUAUAUCCGGAAAGUUCAGGCGUGAUGUUGAUCCAUUUGUACGCCCGGAACCCCGACCAGAUCGCGGCGGAACUGGUCCAAGUCCCAUUCAACCUAUUCCUUCUCAUGAACCUCUUGACUUUUACGCAGAGAGGGACAGAUGUUUGGAAAAACGCCUCUUUGAAGAUCCACAUUUCCCUGCUCAGGAUAGCUCCUUGUUCUAUAGCAGAAGCCCACCAAAGCGUAUCGAUUGGCUUCGACCUGGUGAAAUCGUGCGUGAGCCUCAACUUAUAACCGAGGGACACUCUCGUUUCGAUGUUAUCCAGGGAGAACUUGGUGACUGCUGGCUUCUUGCGGCAGCUGCUAACCUUACUCUUAAAGAUGAACUCUUCUACCGUGUCGUGCCACCUGACCAGUCGUUCACAGAAAAUUACGCAGGUAUUUUCCACUUCCAAUUUUGGCAGUAUGGCAAAUGGGUGGACGUGGUUAUUGAUGACCGUUUGCCAACGUCUAAUGGUGAACUGCUGUACAUGCACUCGAAGAGCCACAAUGAGUUCUGGAGUGCUCUUUUGGAGAAGGCAUAUGCGAAACUAUAUGGCUCAUAUGAAGCUCUAAAGGGAGGUACAACCUCAGAAGCACUUGAGGAUAUGACAGGUGAUCCUUAUAUUUCUUCCAAAGUUAUGGACAAGGGUCAUGCGUACUCAAUAACUGGAAUGCGUAUUGUGAAUGGACCUAAUGGGCAAGUUUGUCUGAUGCGUAUCCGUAAUCCAUGGGGAAAUGAACAGGAAUGGAACGGUCCGUGGUCUGAUAAUUCGUACGAGUGGCGUAGUGUGCCGGAUAAUGUUAAAGAAGAAAUGGGUCUUCGAUUUGACCACGAUGGCGAGUUCUGGAUGAGCUUUGAAGAUUUCAUGAGAAAUUUCGAGAAAAUGGAGAUUUGUAAUCUCGGUCCAGACGUUAUGGAUGAAGUAUACCAGAUGACCGGCGUUCGUGCUGCUAGCAACACAUGGUCUGCCAACACGCACGAUGGAGCCUGGAUCCGAAACCAGACAGCUGGAGGAUGUCGGAAUUACAUAAAUACGUUUGCCAGCAACCCGCAGUAUCGCGUUCAGCUUACGGACUCCGAUCCUGACGACGACGAUGAGCUGUGUACGGUUAUAUUCGCCGUUAUGCAGAAAUACAGGAGAAAUCUGAAGGCGCAAGGCCUUGACAAUGUACCCAUUGGUUUCGCGGUCUAUGACGCGGGUAACAUCAGUGGACGUUUGUCAAAACAAUUCUUCCAAGCCAACAAAUCAUCAAUGAGAAGCGCGGCCUUCAUCAAUUUGAGAGAGAUGACCGGUCGAUUCCGUGUACCACCUGGUAACUACGUCGUGGUACCUUCAACGUUCGAGCCCAACGAAGAAGCAGAAUUCAUGCUUAGAGUGUAUACUAACGGAUUUAUCGAAUCAGAGUGA